AUGGAGACGCCCACGGUGCCCAUCAACUUCGUCCCUGCAAAGGCGGGCGAGACCUUCAAGGUUGGAACCAUCACCAUCCGAAUCAUGGAGGACGGCUCGAGGACAGAUCGCAUUGGCAGUGCCGAGUUCACGGUUCCUCCGCAUACUUCAGGGCCACCUCCACACUGGCAUGAAAUGCACGACGAAACCUUCCUCGUCACCCAAGGGACCUUGCGCUUCCAUGCCCUCAACGGCCAAACCGUCGAUGCAAAGCUCGGAGACUUCGUGACGGUGCCGCCGCGGUCGCCGCACACAUUCAGCAACCCGUACGACGAGGAAGCCAAGUUCUUCAACACAUACACGCCCGCCUUCUACAUCAACUACUUCCGGCUCCUGGCGACCAUGAACGAGCAGGGAAAGCCGAUGAAUCCCGAGGCGAACCGCAAGGCCAUGGCUUAUUUCGCGACCAUUGGCGUCGCGGACGACGAGAUGCAAAUGGACAAAGAACAGUUCUACGGCACUGCAGCCCCAUCGAAGAAAUGA